AAUGUGUAUAAAGCAGUUGAAUUAGGGCCUUAAUCUUUCAAUAACACCUUCUUCCCCAAUUUCCUCCUAAAAUAUUCCCUCCACUUUUUCUUCUUCUGUCAUUUUAUAGCGUAAUUUCGCAGCUUCCACCUCUUUGAUCUUUCAAAAUUAAAGAAAGUGAGGUCUGAUCUUCAACGAUGGUGUUUUACAGGAGUGUUUCACUGCUUUCUAAGCUAAGAAAUCGUGCUGUUCAACAGGGUAGUCUGAGCAAUUCGGUAAGAUGGCUUCAAGUCCAGGCCUCCUCUGACCUUGAUAUCCGGUCACACCUUAAGGAAUUAAUUCCAGAACAGCAGGAACGCCUGAAAAAGAUCAAAUCAGAAUAUGGAAAAGUGCAACUGGGUAACAUUACUGUUGAUAUGGUACUUGGUGGGAUGAGAGGAAUGACGGGUCUGCUAUGGGAAACAUCCUUACUUGACCCAGAUGAGGGAAUUCGCUUCCGGGGUCUCUCUAUACCCGAAUGCCAGAAGGUACUGCCAGCUGUAAAGCCUGGUGGAGAGCCGUUACCUGAGGGUCUUCUUUGGCUUCUGUUGACCGGAAAGGUGCCCUCUAAAGAACAAGUGGAUGCUUUAUCCUCAGAAUUACGCAGUCGCGCCACUAUCCCAGAUCAUGUGUAUAAAGCUAUUGAUGCAUUACCUAUAACAGCUCAUCCAAUGACUCAGUUUACAACUGGUGUUAUGGCUCUACAGGUACAAAGUGAAUUUUCAAAAGCAUAUGAGAAUGGAAUUCAUAAAUCCAAAUAUUGGGAGCCAACAUUUGAAGAUUCUCUUUCAUUGAUCGCACAAGUGCCAGCUGUCGCUGCAUACGUUUACCGUAGGAUCUAUAAAAAUGGAGAAAUUAUACCUGCAAAUAACUCACUAGAUUAUGGUGGGAAUUUUGCUCACAUGCUUGGAUUUGAAAGUCCUGAAAUGCAAGAGCUUAUGAGGCUUUAUGUCACUAUCCAUAGUGACCACGAAGGUGGAAAUGUCAGUGCUCAUACAGGUCAUCUUGUUGCUAGUGCCCUAUCGGAUCCAUACCUCUCGUUUGCUGCGGCAUUAAAUGGUCUAGCGGGACCCCUCCAUGGUUUGGCUAAUCAGGAAGUUCUGCUUUGGAUAAAGUCUGUGGUAAAUGAAUGUGGAGAGAACAUAAGCAAAGAUCAGUUGAAAGAUUACGUCUGGAAAACCCUCAAUAGCGGGAAGGUUGUUCCUGGAUUUGGGCACGGAGUUCUGAGAAAAACGGAUCCGAGAUACAUGUGUCAAAGAGAGUUUGCGUUAAAGCAUUUGCCUGAGGAUCCUCUGUUCCAGCUGGUUUCAAAGCUAUAUGAUGUGGUGCCCCCAAUACUAACAGAACUCGGAAAGGUGAAAAACCCUUGGCCAAAUGUUGAUGCUCACAGUGGGGUGCUGCUUAAUUAUUAUGGUUUAACUGAAGCAAGAUAUUACACGGUUCUCUUUGGUGUAUCUCGGGCCAUUGGAAUCUGCUCUCAGCUUAUAUGGGACAGAGCCCUUGGGUUGCCACUGGAGAGGCCAAAAAGUGUUACAAUGGAAUGGCUUGAAAAACACUGCAACAAGUCUGUCUGAUUUUGCAUGUCAGUGGUAAAAGUUUACGUCUUUUGGAAAUAAUAAUGGUUGCUCAGCCUUUCAUGGGGUCUUUCCACUGGCGGCAAGAGGCGGUUGAUGGUGUUUGAGGUGGUUAGGGUGGUUGCUUGAAUCAAGUAGAGGAACAAGUUCUUGCUGAUGAGUUUUGUUGAUUGUAUAAAAAAGCCUGUAGCUUGACAGUUGACAAUGCCAUUGUCCUUUGGACAUUUUGUCUACAUCAGAUUUUUGUGUUUGUUCGAUCAAUAAUAUUUUGUGUUACCUAAAAUUUUACUUGGUCUUGAUUGGUCCGAUUGCAAUGAUGAUUAUAACAUGAAAAUAAUCAUGUUUUGGUUGUAA